GCGCGUGAGACAUGCGAUGCAGCGUACUAAAAGUUCUCAUAUUUUAAAGCAAAUGCUGACGAGUCAUGCGCUAUUCUAUGCCGAUAUUCCCUCCUUAGUACCCUAAAUUACAUCUGCGGCAGAUAGUAGAGAUGUUUAAUAUCUUCAUCUUCUUAUGGGCGAUUACGCAACAUAUGAAUCAAUUUGACCAAUACGACCAAGUGCGAUAAUAGUCGAGGUCCAGCAACUUAGGGUCAGAUUGCGCUCUUGCAUUCUCAUCUACCAACAACCGAGGGCGGGGUAAGCACCCACCCAAACUAAAGCUGCCGCUCUCCCUUAAGCGUCGUGUUCAGCAACGGUGCCUAAGGGCGCUCCCUAUCUAUGCCGGCUCGUGGAAUCCAAGCAAUAUCAUGACUCAACUGUCGUUUCUGGCGAUGCAGCAUUCUCAUUAAUGCCGAAAUCCUCAGAUCAUAGUUCAAAGCCACACCCCGCCCUCCGCACAAUCACGAGGACCCUUCGCGGAUACUCGCUAAUGUCGGUAAAAGCCGAUACAGAUAUAUUCGAGAUGCCGGUGCUAGAGCAAUUUUGCGCGCAGUUGUGGCUGUCACAUCAUGUCGCAACACACAGUAGUGGAAACAGGAGUUUCUGAAGGUAAUGUCAGAUCGCUAUCCAUAUGGAAAGUACGAAAACUGGACGGGGUGCCAGAAACUGGAUCCCUAUGUUGGCCACCACUCCCAGGGCGUUAAGGAUGUUCUCAUUUGUGGGGUUGCUCCCGUUUGAAAGGCUUGGGUUGAGUACCAAUAGAUCGAGAUCCAUAUCUGAGUGAUAACCGAUAACCAUAUAAGAUGGGGCCUAGGUCGUUAACAUGUCAACUCCCUGGCGAAGGUCUCUGAGGUUGUUCAAGACGGAAAAGACAUUCAUAUUCGGAGGUUUCUGAUCCAGGAAAAACUCAUUGCCUGUCUGCAUGAGCGUCAGUGGCUACAUUCUAUAAGUA